CUUCCGGCAUAUAGCAACGACAGCUACAUUUCUAACGGAAUUUAAGUCUGUCGACCGAAUCAACAAGUAUUAAAAGUGCAGUACGUGCUAGAACUAUUUGUUUCUUGGUAUCUCUGCAAGAAACUGGGCAAUGAAUUGGUUGCGGUGCUUUGUUCGCGCGGUCAUCCUGUAUGCUGCCGUCACUUACAGAGAGGCCGAUGGCAUCACGACUAAAGCACGUCCACGGGAUUGUCUUCCCGAGGAUCCAGCUGGUAACAAAUACAACUUGACUACGUUGCGAAAUAUAGAUGGAAAUGCCAGAUUUAAAAUAACCAACGGGGGAUAUACAUAUAGCUUUAACCCCUGUGUAUCAUUCAAGAUAGGAAAGUCAUCUAAAGCAAAUGAAUGUCAAUCGGAUGUGGCGAUUUGCAGGUGGGUGGAAAACCAAAUGUACCACAAUAUAGGACAUCAGAGCAAAGAAGAGUGUAAUUUUGAUAAGGACACUAACACACCGAAACUGGAAUAUACUGGGGAUAUCUUUAUUAAGAAGGCAGAUGUGCUAUUAAAGUGCCACAAAACCAAGGAACGCCCAAGCUUCGAAGCUCUGUCGGUUAAAGAUUCCUCGCGAUUUGUUUUCGAUCUAACACACAAAUGUGCAUGUCCCAAUCUGUGUCUUUAUAAACACAUCACACCUACUGAACAGCCAGGUCCAGGUCCAGGUCCAGAUGACAACAACAACGCCAUCGUUGCAGGUAGUAUUGGAGGCUCUUUUGUGUUUGUCGUUGUUGCCGUUAUGGUUAUUGCCGUAGUCACUCUAGUAAAGAGGAUAAGGAGAAUGAAUAGACCGAAUCCUCAGGAUGAACCGGAACGUCGACCCAUCUUGGCUGGACCAGGGAAUGUAAAUCAAUUUCUACGUAGAAAUGAAGACAGCGAAUCAAAUUCUGAUAGUAAGAAUAAAUCGUAUGCAGAGGGUCGGUGCUGAGGAUAACCACCAACGCUUGGUCAAACCUUUUCGUCGUAGUGAAGCAUGGUCUAUAUAAGAUUAUUAAAAACUGGAUCAUUGGAUAAUGCAAUUCAAGACUUUUUAUUAGCUUAGCCGUUAUGGUAUA